UCCCCCUCUCCUCUCCUUCUCGUCGAUUUUGUUUUCCUCUCCACUUCUCUCCCACCUCUCUCUGCUACGCCUACGCUCCACCCUCUCCUCCCGUCCCGCCGUUGCAGACGCAUCCAACCUUCUCCUCUCGCCUCCCCCACCCAGCCACCCCUAAGGGCUCGCCCUCGCUGCGGGAGAGAGAUACGCGCGCCCACCUUCCCCGGCGGCUGCGGGGAGCUAGCGCGUCACUGCCCGCGCCCAGUCGCCGUAGAGGCGGAGGCGCUUGUCGGGGGGGAACACCACCCUGGCCGGGCUCCUUUCUCGUGGGCGCCUCCGGAUUUGCUAGGUUGUGGCGCCGGGUGCGGAGCCAUGUCGCAAUCUCAGUCUCAGUCCCAGUCCCAGUCGCAGACCAACUGGGAGGCGGAUAAGAUGUUGGAUGUCUACAUAUAUGACUAUUUCGUGAAGAGAAAUUUGCAGGAAACUGCAAAAGCCUUCCAAACGGAAGGGAAGGUCUCACCAGAUCCAGUUGCAAUUGAUGCUCCUGGUGGCUUCCUUUUUGAAUGGUGGUCGGUAUUUUGGGAUAUAUUCAUAGCAAGAACAAAUGAGAAGCAUUCAGAUAUUGCAGCAUCAUAUAUUCAGACUCAGUUAGUGAAAGCAAGGGAACAUCAACAUGAGCAUCAGCAACAACAGCAAUCUCAGCAGCAAACUCAGCAGCAGCAGCAGCAACAACAGCACCACCAACAGCAGCAGCAGCAGCAACAACAACAACAACACCAACAACAGCAACACCACCACCACCACCACCACCAACAAUCUCAGCAGCAGCAACAAUCUCAACAGCAUCAACAAAUACAAAUGCAGCAAAUGUUGUUACAGAGAGCUGCACAGCAGCAGCAGCAGCAGCGUAGAGAUGGUUCUAAUCUUCUUAAUGGCACUGCAAGUGGGCUUUCUGGAAUUGAUCCUUUAAUGCGACAAAACCCAGCAACUGCGAAUGCUAUGGCAGCAAAAAUGUAUGAGGAGAGGUUAAAGCUCCCUUCUCAAAGGGAUUCUCUGGAUGAGGCAUCGGUGAAGGUGCAGCAAAGGUAUGGGGAAAAUGCUGGCCAAGCACUUGAUCCAAACCAAACGUCGUUGAAAGCAGCCGCAGGCGGACAAUCUUCAGGGCAAAUUUUGCAUGGAGCUGUUGGUGGAUUGUCAGGUGCUCUGCAACAGGUUCAGGCAAGAAGCCCACAAAUGCCUAUGCAAGAACAGAGUAUCAAAACUGAGAUCAAUCCAGUUUUGACACCCAGAAGUGCAGGUCCCGAGGGAUCAUUCAUUGGUGUCCAAGGAUCUAGUCAAGGUGGAAGCAAUUUGACUCUGAAAGGUUGGCCACUCACGGGCCUCGACCAGCUUCGCUCUGGUAUCCUGCAGCCGAAGUCAUUUAUGCAAUCUCCACAACAACAAUUUCAACAGCUCCAAUUUCUGAAUCCACAACAGCAACAUCAGCUUUUGAUGCAAGCGCAGCAAAACAUGGCUUCCCCUACAGUUAGUGAUGUUGAUACCAGAAGAUUAAGGAUGCUUCUUAACAAUAGAAAUAUGGCCAUGGGGCAGGAUGGGCAGACAAACAGUGGUGGGGAUAUUAUUCCAAAUAUUGGUUCUCCUAGCCAAAGUGGUGGAUCACGUACAGAUAUAGACAUGCUAAUAAAGAAGAAAAUUGCUCAUUUACAACAGCAACAACAGCUUCAGCAAUCUACAGUCUCCAGUCAGCAAUCUCAGAGCUCAAAUCAGCUUCUCCAGCAACAGGAAAAGCCUGGAGUUGGAUGCAUGCCUAUUGAUGGAAGCAUACCAAACUCUUUUGUAGUAGCUGACCAAGCAUCAAAGAAGAGAAAGAAACCUGUCUCCUCUAGUAGAGCUAAUAGUUCAGGAACAGCAAAUACUGCUGGGCCAUCUCCAAGUUCUGCACCUUCGACGCCUUCCACUCACACACCAGGAGAUGCAAUGUCCAUGCCACAGCUGCUGCAUAAUGGUGGUCCAUCAAAACCAUUGAUGAUGUUUGGUUCUGAUGGCACUGGAAGCUUGACCUCUCCAGUAAACCCACUGGGUGAUGUGGACCGUUUGCUGGAAGAUGGCUCCUUGGAUGAAAAUGUAGACUCAUUUUUAUCACAGGAGGACAUGGAUCCUCGGGAAACCAUGGGAUGCUGCGUUGAUGCCAGUAAAGGGUCUGGUUUCUCCGAGGUUGCAAAAGCCCGUGCGAGUACAGGCAAAGUUAGCUGUUGCCAUUUCUCGUCAGACGGAAAACUGCUCGCCACCGGAGGCCACGAUAAAAAGGCUGUUUUAUGGUUUACAGAUGCCCUAAACCCCAAAUCUACAUUAGAAGAGCACUCGAUGCUUAUUACAGAUGUUCGAUUUAGCCCAAGCAUGACCCGCCUUGCAACAUCUUCCUUUGACAAAACUGUGCGGGUUUGGGAUGCUGACAAUCCAGAUUAUUCACUCCGCACUUUCACGGGUCAUUCAGCGUCUGUUAAGUCGCUUGAUUUUCAUUCAAAUAAAGAAGACAUCGUUUGCUCCUGUGAUAGUGAUGGGGAAGUGCGCUGCUGGAGCAUAAACAAUGGUAGCUGUGUGACGUGCGUUAGGGUCUUCAGCGUAUGCAGUCCUUUUUCUCUCCCAAACAUUUCUUGUUUGUCAAGGAUGUUCUUUUAUAAUGCGCUGAAACAUUCUCCUGUUAUCGGCAUCUUAUCCCAGGGAGGUGCAACUCAGUUGAGAUAUCAACCUCGUCAAGGGAAAUAUCUUGCAGCUGCCUCUGAGAAGAUGAUAUCAAUAUUGGAUGCAGAAACACUACAAGUGUGUAGGAAUGCCUUAAAGGGACACAUAAAGAACAUCGAGUCGAUUUGUUGGGAUGCUGCGGGUGACUAUCUGGCCUCUGUAAGUGAAGAUUCUGUCAAGGUGUGGUCAUUUACUUCAGGAAAUGAUGGCGAGUGUGUGAAUGAGUUGAAUUGCAGUGGAAAUAAGUUCAAUUCAUGUGUUUUUCACCCGAAUUAUCCGUCAUUGCUUGUAAUUGGUUGUUACGAGUCCUUGGAACUUUGGGACAUAAGGGAGAAGAAUACGGUGACCAUCAGCAACGCCCAUGACGGCUUAAUUGCAGCCCUAGCUGCAUCAAAUGCAUCAGGGUUGGUCGCUUCAGUAAGUCAUGAUAAGCUUGUCAAGCUCUGGAAGUGAGAACAGGGAGCAACCUUCCUUCUACAUCACAUUUUACAAGUUGGUCCCUGUGGACAUCUGUCGUCUGGUUCCAGCCAACGUUGUAUGAUGUAGAAACAGGGCGGUUUCUGCCGCAGAUAAACACAUGACGAGGGCAGCUAACGAAAAUGUCUUCAAGCUAUCUGUGUUCAAGAACUAACCCAAUUUGAUGUCGUCCCAGUUGCUGCAUGUGCCCUUGGAUAGGUUUGUAACUAUCCUUGUAGAAUGUACCAUACUCUGUAGUGGCCUGCGCAAACUCUAGAGUGUUGUUAUCAUUGAAUGGUCACAAGCACAGAUGCCUUUAUGUAUUUGCUGAUUCUGACUGCAUUUUUCUCAA